UCGUCGGUGCCUCCCCUAUCUCACCAAAACCUUUCCGUUUACACAGUUACACAGAUCUCACCGGUCAAGCAAUCCAACGACGGAGAUGGCUUUGACUCGCAGGAGCUCCAAUCUCCUGAAAUCCCUUACCACAAUCAACCCCACCACUCGCCUCUUCUCCACCUCUUCCGAUUCGUCCAUCACCAUCGAGACCAGCGUCCCCUUCACCGGCCACAAAAUCGACCCGCCGUCCCGCUCCGUCACAACCUCGUCCUCCGAACUCAUGACCUUCUUCACUGACAUGUCGCAAAUGCGGCGAAUGGAAAUCGCAGCCGACUCACUCUACAAAGCCAAACUGAUACGCGGUUUUUGCCACCUGUACGACGGCCAAGAGGCCGUCGCCGUCGGCAUGGAGGCUGCAAUUACCAGAAAGGACAACAUCAUCACCGCGUAUCGCGACCAUUGCUUAUACCUUGGCCGUGGUGGAACCUUAUUGGAAACAUUUGCAGAGCUAAUGGGGCGUAAGGAUGGAUGUUCAAAGGGAAAGGGUGGUUCGAUGCAUUUCUAUAAGAAGGAGAAUGGUUUUUAUGGAGGGCAUGGGAUUGUGGGAGCUCAAGUGCCAUUAGGUUGUGGGCUAGCUUUUGCGCAGAAGUAUAGUAAGGAGGAUAAUGUGUCGUUUGCGCUUUAUGGAGAUGGAGCGGCGAAUCAGGGGCAGCUGUUCGAGGCCUUGAAUAUGGCUGCUCUUUGGGAUCUUCCUGCGAUCUUAGUUUGCGAGAACAAUCACUAUGGGAUGGGGACGGCUGAGUGGAGGGCAGCAAAGAGUCCAGCCUAUUAUAAGAGAGGAGACUAUGUUCCUGGUUUGAAGGUGGAUGGUAUGGAUGCCCUUGCUGUGAAACAAGCAUGCAAAUUUGCAAAGGAACACGCUUUAAAGAAUGGACCAAUCAUUCUUGAAAUGGACACAUACAGAUACCAUGGUCAUUCGAUGUCUGAUCCUGGGAGCACGUAUCGCACACGUGAUGAGAUAACUGGCGUGAGACAGGAGCGUGACCCAAUUGAAAGAAUAAGAAAACUGUUAUUAUCUCAUGAUAUAGCCACUGAGAAAGAGCUAAAGGAUAUUGAGAAGGAAAUAAGAAAAGAGGUAGAUCAAGCCAUCGCAGCAGCUAAGGAGAGCCCCAUGCCUGAUCCUUCUGAACUUUUCACCAAUGUCUACGUGAAAGGUUAUGGAGUUGAGGCAUUUGGAGCAGAUAGGAAAGAAGUGAGGACAGUGCUUCCUUAA